UUGAUGCUCCGUGGUACUGCCGACGCAAUCCAAACCUCGUAGAACUCGGGCGGUUGCCUCCAUCAUCAGCGUCCCAACGUCGACAUGGACUUUAGUAUCUAUGGCGCUUCGCCGCAGCCCUACCAUUACAUGGGCAUGCCCGUUAAUGGCUAUGCGAACACUGGACUCGACCCGGAGGCUAUGCGCAGUGUGGAGACUCUCGAAGCAGGACUGUUUCCAGGCGCCUACGAUGCCUUCAGCUUCCAGGGGCUGUCAACACCACAACACGAUGGCUCGCCCGACAAUGCGUUACAACCGGCUCUCUUACCGACAGCCGGCAGCGUAGAUUCUGGGCUCGGGGGGGACCCAGACGACGGUGGCGCGAUCCGCACGCGAAGCAGCAGCGAAGAGAAAGAGAUUAACCUUACGCCCGCGCAGAGCCGGCGGAAAGCGCAGAAUAGAGCAGCCCAACGCGCCUUCCGCGAACGCAAAGAACGACAUGUGCGUGAUCUCGAAGCCAAACUCAACGCUCUAGAAAACAACACACACUCCCUACAAUCCGACAACGAGCGCCUGAAACUAGCCCUGCAGCGUGCUCGCACUGAAAACGAAAUCCUUCGCGCGACCUCCGGCCACUCACCCAGUUCAUCGCGAAGAGUGUCGGCCAGCUAUCCUUCGCCAGGUGCUCUCCUUCCAGAAGACGAGGAGAUGGAUGAGGAGGACUACAACGUACAGCCGCUCAGUAACGGCAGCGUCGUCAAUGCUGCCAACAAGGAUCACGCUGUCUCACGCCACAAAUUCAAGGGCAAAGAGGUGCCAGCUGCUCAGGCGUGGGACGUGAUUCAAUCACAUCCCCUCGUCAAGCAAGGCUUGGUCGAUGUGACCGACGUUGUGGAGCGUUUGAAAGGUGCAGUCAAGUGUGACGGUCACGGGCCAGUCUUCGAGGAAAGCACCAUAUGGCAAGCUGUCGAAGACUCGAGGCGCAGUGGUGGAGAUGAGCUCAUUUGAUUCGUCACCCCGGUGGUGCUGAUUUUUUUUCUCGUUGAUUUCAGGUUCACACUUUCGUUCAAAACUCAAUUAUCUCUCUGACUUGAGUGGACUUUCUUACGGCGUUGCAAGGGCCACAGCUGGCGGUACCUAACUGUAGGCGUGGAUCAGGAGUUUUCUCGUGGCUAUCUUUUGGAGUCGGGAUGGAAUGCAAAUUACCCAGAG